UCUCUAUCUUAAACAAAUUAGUAUAAUAAGACAUUUGUUUAAAAUAUAAACUCAUAAUGAGGUAGUAAAGGUCACGAAGGAACCACUAUCUCAUUUGCUUAAGCCGGGUUUUCUCAUAGAUAGUGUCAGUGCUGUUAAUAAUUGCCAAGCGCGUGAACGUGGAUAUGGAAGAAGGCAUUCCGUUACCGAAGAGGAGUUCUUCGGGGGGGUGGUAUGCGUUUUGCAAGAGACGAUUACCAAUUUUGGAGUGGGCCCCGAAGUAUGAUCAGACGAAAGCUGUAGCGGACCUCAUUGCUGGUAUCACCCUGGGAUUGACGCUAGUACCGCAGAGUAUAGCGUAUGCCUCGCUCGCUAAUUUACCGGUCCAGUAUGGACUGUAUUCGGGGUUUAUGGGUACAAUCCUCUACAUGUUCCUGGGUACGGUUAAGGAAGUAUCGAUCGGCCCCACAAGUCUCAUGGCUCUCAUGACGCUGCAGACCUGCCGAGGUUUGCCAGUGGACUUUGUGGUUCUAUUGGCCUUUCUGUCUGGAUGUGUCGUGUUCGUCAUGGGCUUAUUGCGACUUGGUUUCUUGGUGGAUUUAAUAUCGCCGUCCGUUACCAGUGGUUUCACAUCAGCGACGGCUGUUACCAUCAUAGCAUCGCAGGUGAAGGGCUUACUAGGACUUAGUUUUAUUGCGGAAACCGUGAUGGAAAACGUUUCUCUUAUAUCGCAAAACUGGGGACAAAUUCGAUUUAACGACUGCGCUUUGAGUGCUGCGUGCUGCACAGUUCUACUUUUAUUGAGGAAAUUCAAAGAUAUCAAAGUCAACCAUAAGAGGUAUAAACUUAAGAAAGCGUUAUGGCUGAUAUCAAUUGCGCGCAAUGCUCUCGUGGUCUGCAUAGCUUCUACGGUCGCUUUCUGUACCUUCAACGCUGAAAAACCGCUUUUCAAACUAUCGGGUCGAGUGGAGCCAGGUCUGCCGCAAUUAAGUCUUCCACCAUUCAGCACGGUGAUCGGAAACCAAACCGUUGGUUUCAUGGGCAUGAUGGACUACUUAGGAUCCGCUGUGAUAGUAACACCUGUUGUUAUGGUCUUGGCAAACAUCGCUAUUGCUAAAGCAUUUUCUCCUGGAGGUAGAGUAGACGCAACACAGGAAAUGGUAACAUUAGGACUUUGUAACGUAGCGGGUUCGUUGGUUCACGCGAUGCCUUCGUGUGGAGCCUUCACUCGUUCCGCUGUUUCUCAUUCCUCAGGUGUGAGGACUCCUGCAGCGGGAUUAUAUUCAGGUAUCAUCACGUUGCUGGCUCUAAACUUCCUUACACAGUACUUCUUCUUCAUACCGAAAGCCUGUUUAUCAUCUGUUCUUAUCUGUGCUGUCGUUUUUAUGGUUGACAUUAACAUUAUAGGUAAACUAUGGAACAGCAGCAAACGUGAAUUAGUUCUUUACACACUCACUUUCGGAGCGGGUAUUUGGAAAAACCUUGAAUUGUCAAUACUUGUUGGUGCCCUUACUGGACUGGCAUUUCUCAUACGCGAUGUGCUUCAAACGCCUGUUGAUAUUACACAAAUUAAGACAAACACCACAGACGUUAUUCGUGUGUCCGUACGUCGUGCACUAGUGUACGCAAACGCCGAACGUUUUGCAGCGUUAGUAAUAAAUAGUGCGACCGCGCGAUGUCCCGUACUUAUUGAGUGCUCGGCCAUCACGUUAUGCGACUAUACUGCUACAGAGGUUUUAUCACGGUUAGUAAAAAAGUUUCAAGAAAACGACCAGCUAUUGGUAUUCUAUAACGCCUCAAAAGACUCGAUUAAGUGGUUGGAAACAGUGUCUGGUAUUGAUAAACGGACAUUAAAGGUCACAAGGGUACAGGAGGCAUUAGAUGCUGUGUCUACCAGAGAUCCGGAAGCUGAGAAUGAAACGAGUGCCUUGUUGAAGAAAUCGUUAAAGCGCGAAGAAAUCGUAUAAAGAAGAGUCGUCUAGUAAUAUAGUGGAUGUACUUAAGUCCUAGAUAAUUCAAACAAUUGUUACAUAUAUUAUUUCCUAUAGGCUAUAUUGAUAAACUAAAAAAAAUAUUUUAAGUGAAAAAUUAAAUAUUAGACACAUUGUCUGUAGAUAAAAGUAUGUAAACUUUAUGAUAGAUAAGGAAACCUUUCCAAACUUUUCCUUUCAUAAAAGGAUGUAACACCCACCGAAACAGACUACCAUGUUGGCUAUUAGCAGGAUUAUUUUAUAAAUAGAAAUCAUACCAUAUUUAUAGGUUAAUUUUAAGUCUAAAAGUUUAUUAUAUUUAUUGCUCUUGAUC